GGGGCGGGCGCGCGGGCGGGGCCACUGACGCGAGCUCCCUGCUCCUCAGCUUCGCGUUCUAGCGUGCGCUGCACGUGAUGCUCGCGGUGGAAGGCUAGGGCGCGGGGAGCAUGGGACGCGGGGGACGGCGAGCGAAUUACCGUGCGCAGUUGUCUCGGAGGGUGACGGACGCUGACGUUGGGAGGACCGGAGCCUGGAAGGCCGCAUCGUAAAGGAGGCCAUGGAGCAGGAGUUCAGCUUCAGUACCCUGAAGAAGCUAGCGGCUGAUCCAGACUACACGGAUGUGACGCUCCCCGCGGUGGAGCGCGUGCGAGCGCUCAGCAAGAUGGGCUAUGACAUCGAGAUCAACGAGGACAUCACGCCUCGCCGAUACUUCCGCUCGGGCGUGGAGAUGGAGCGCAUGGCUGCUGUGUACCUGGAAGAGGGCAGUCUGGAGAACGCCUUCAUCCUCUACAGCAAAUUCAUCACUUUGUUUGUAGAGAAGCUCCCCAGUCACAGGGACUACCAGCAAUGCAGCGUCCCCGAGAAGCAGGUGAUAAUGAAGAAAUUGCAGGAGGUGGCUUUUCCACGCAAAGACCAGCUGAAGAAACUUCUGCAUGAGAAAUACAGCAUGGAGUACAGUGAACAUGUGAAGAGGCAGAGCCAGGCUGUGCCAGUGGCAGUGUGUGGUGAGCAGUUGCAGAGACUCACUCUGCUGGAGGAGGAGAGGCGGCGUGUGGCGCAGCUGCGGAAGAUGCAGCUCGAGUCGGAGCAGUUCCGCUACUUCGAGGACCAACUGCGCCGGCAGGAGCAGGCCAACCGUCGGGAAGACUCCGCCCCCAAAGUGCCUGAACAGAUGGAAGCAUCCUGCCUGUCCCAGGCCCACAAGAACCACGUGCGGCUGGACCCCGACCGGAACAAACCGCCACCGGCAAUCCCCAAACCAGCCGCCACCCUGGCCGCUGUCCAGAAUCAGCGGGUGGAGGGGUUGAGGCGUGUUCUGGUUCCUCGGGACCUGACCUACAGGUUUCUGCUGUUGGCCAACAGCAACACAGCCAGAGGCAUCGAGACAUGUGGCGUGCUCUGUGGGAAACUGACCCACAACGAGUUUGUGCUCACGCACGUGAUAGUGCCCAAGCAGUCAGCUGGCCCAGACUACUGUGACAUGGAGAAUGUCGAGGAGCUCUUCAGCUUCCAGGACCACCACAGUCUGCUCACGCUUGGCUGGAUACAUACGCACCCCACACAAACAGCUUUCCUUUCCAGUGUGGAUCUGCACACCCACAGCUCCUACCAACUUAUGUUGCCUGAAGCCAUUGCCAUUGUCUGCUCACCCAAGCAUAAUGAUACGGGCGUGUUCAGACUCACCAGUGCUGGCAUGGGCGAAGUGGCAGGCUGCAGGCUGAAGGGCUUUCAUCCCCACUCCAAAGACCCACCUCUCUUCACGAUCUGUAAGCAUGUGGUUGUGAAGGAUUCCAAAACCACAGUGCUGGACCUCAGGUGACAGGAAGAGACCUGCUUCAGAGGAAGCUGCCCCCACAAACACUCUAUUUACAUCCUCGUGUACCCCAAGGCCUUUUUUUUUUUUUAAUUUAAAGAAAAGUUUUUGUAUUUAUUUAUUUGACAGCGGGGUACUGUGAAGUGGAAUGUCUGUGUUGCACAGGUUGCUGUUGGCAUCCCUCUAGUGAAGCUGUGAGCCUGUUUGGUGGCGCUUUUUUUUCUUUAACUUGUGUUUUUAAUGGCUUGCCUUGGCGCUUGUGGAUGUUCAGAAACAGUCUCUUUUGGACAGAUUUUGUGACUGGACUGCUCGUCAGAUUUACAGUAUGUCCUCAAGGUGGCGGCAUUUAGCAAGGAAUGCCACAUUUCAAAUGUGAACUUUUUUUCAGGAGUUUUUUAAAUGGAUGCAAGUUAUUUUCAGACAGUUGCCUUAUGCUUUUGAAGAGUCGUGCAAGUAGUUAGUGGUUGGUUUUAUUGCUGUAUCGACCAGAAAGAGCUAUCUUUUUUACCCAGAUCGAAUUGACUAGUUUUUAGUUGAUGAUUCUCAGCAAAGACGCCAACAGCAAUUUCCACGUCCCCAAUUUUAGUAAUUAAACUUGAGAACAUUGUGUAUGUAUAUUUAUCUGUCUGUCAUAUAUGAAGAGACAAAGUGAGAGACCUGAAGCUCAGGUCAGUCAAGGCGAUAUUCAAGGUUUGAGUGCAUGGUUCUUUUGAAUCCCUGAAGCAAUUCAUUGUGCUAGUCUGUUUGCUCCUAGCGUCGACACACUCGAGCCUUGGUGUAUCCUGCAGACAUCAUCCUCUUUUAAAGGUAAGGGAGGGCCGCUGAGAACCAUAAGCAAAUGAACAGAGAUGUGACCCAAACCAAAGCGCACUCAGCGCAGAACCCCGAGAGGCCUUAUUAAAGGAGCGCGCAGCUGUCGGCGGUGACCGCGCGGAUCUCAGGUACUGUUUCCUCAAGAGCACAUAGCGACAUCCUGAUCAGACAGCCGUGGCAUCCCCCCCAAGCACAGUGCAGCUUUCGGCUUCGCACCAGUCCAGUGGAAAACAAAACAGUGUUAUUGACAUAUCAUGGGCAUAUUGUGGAGCGUGUGUGCGUCAGUAAAGCCACCCAAGUGAUUAGUGCAGCCUCAGCUCCAACAUCAGUGUGUGUAUGUGUGUGUGUGUGUGUGUGUGUGUGUGUGUGUGUGUGUGUGUGUGUGAGUAAUAUGACAGUGAUGACAUGACUGUGCGAUGUGUACAACCCAUCACACCCCGCUCCCCUGCAGUUUUGUUAAUAAAAUACAAACAACCUGAUUGUUGGUGUCAUAUUCAUUCUAAUGAACUGAAUUGCUUGGCAGAAGUACAUUCAUGGGAUUUAUUGUGACAAACUGGAUUUUGGUUUUCAUGUGCAUUCCGUUGUGUUGCUACUAAAGACCCUUGUCACAAGGCUGCAGUAGAGCGAUGAAGUUGUUAAUUGGUGCUCCUGUUUCCUGUUGCUGUCAGAUGGCCAUUCACUACAAAAUUAAAUGUAAUGAAAUUAGUUAAAUGUCAAAUUAAAUAAAUGUAAUAAUUAAAGGAUGGACAGGUGAUAUAAAUUGUGAUCUGUACAAUGUUGAUUAUAACUUAUUUGUAGUCAUGAAAAUGUCAAGUUGGUUAUGAACAUGGAAUCAAUUGUAGUUUGCUUAUGUUGAUCUUGAAUGAAAGAAAUGAAGUUGACCACAGUUUCUGUAUGCAGAGCUUUAUUCUUUCCUGGGGUUAUCAUAUAGCUAUCCAUACAAACUGCCUCAAAGCCCACAGCAGUGAGAAAACACAUGCAAAGGGAAACUUAUGGCAUUUGAAAUAUAGAGAGAGAAGGUGAGCACUGUUCCUCUCUAAAGCACUACAGAACACAGUGUGUUUAUCCUACCUCUCUCUCUCCAUCCAACUGGAGCCUCACCAACCCCAGGAACAUUCCCAAUCUGUUUGUAUUGGCAGCACAUUCAAGCCUUACUCGUCCAAUGUAA